AUGGAUAUUGAUUUGGGCUUAUGUAACAACGAAGAUUGUGUUCCGUGCUCCACGGAAACUUGGAGCGGGCUUGGGGUGGGGGGUGGGUUGAGACGUCGCCUGGCGUGCGGCGCGGCCAAACCGCAAAGCAUGCGGGCGGCCCCUGCCGAGGUGCCAGGGAUACUGGAAGAAGAAAAAUUUGGACGUUUGGACUGUUUUCCUUUGUUGGAGUUUUGGACCCCGAACCCUGGCCUGGGGCUAGCGGGCGCCAAUGCAGACCGCAGACCACCACGGCGCACU